AUGAGUGUAAAUCGAGAUACAGAUGAAGGAAGCACACUCGCCAAUGGGGGAUACCAUGAUGACUUGAAUAAUAGUCUUGUGUUUCGUAAUGAUAUUUCUACGGCUGAAGUUAAAGAAACUCAAGCUGAUUCACCAUUCAAUAAUCAUACUCAUGCCAAUAAUAAUAAUGGUAUUCAAUUCGAUGAAGGUGUAACUCAAGACGAUGACAAUAUUGAGACUACCUUCUUAGAGAAUGAAAAACUGGACCAUUUCUUUGAUAAUCUCCCAAAAUAUAAUAUUACCACUAUUCCUCCACCUUCUUCAAAUGAAGCUAAUCAUAUCGAUACAUCCAAUAUUCUACAAGAUGUACCGACAAGCCCUGUUAAUGUAUUACAGGGAGUCAAAGAUAUUUCGUUAUUAACUGCUGAUACUCAAGUUAUCCCUAAGCGUAACUCUAUACUAAAUUCAAAGGAAGAAGGAGAUAGUGAUGUCAUAAGUCAUAUCCAACUUGAUUUAGUUGAUACUCAAGUUAUACGGCCAAUUACAAGCACAAAUGAACAAGCUGAUACACAAGUCAUUCGGCCAAUCACAAGUACUAAUGAUCAAGCUGAUACGCAAAUUAUACAGUCAAAAGAACGAGUUAUAUUUUCAUCAGAUGAAACUGGAGCAAUCACAACUUCCACUUCCACGAAGAGUACUGAUUUCCGUACUCCUUUGAAACCAACACCAAAUCAAGAUGAUACAGAUAUGAUAGACACGUCAAAUAUAGAUGAACUGACAAUCAUAGGACCUGACGAAGAAGUUAAGGCAACGCUUGUACAAGUUCCAUCCACAAUUGAAAGAGUUACUUCACAUAGGCAGGUCCCUAAUACUCAAGAUUCGAAUGUAACAUAUUUGGAGGAUGUUGGUAAUAGUACAGAAAUCUCCAUCCUUGAAGUUUCCAAGUUUGUAGAUGAAGCUGAUGUGGAAGUUAAUUCAGAUAUAGAGAAGGACCCUGAAGCAGAUGUUGAUAUCAAAGUAGAAGAAGAGGAGGAAGAGGAAGAACCAUCAAUAACGUAUUUGGAAAACCCAUAUGAGGAUAGUUUACUAACGAAUAAACUUAAACGAAGAAAGCUUGUUGGUGGUGAUGAUAAGCGAAGCUCGUCAUUAGAUAAAGUUUUCUUAACUGACACAAAAUCCAUAUCAGAAUCUAGUUCAUCUAAAGUGAUAGAAUCAUCCAUAUUCAAUAAUACUUCAUCAUCGCCAGUGAAGAUAUUGAAGAGACGAGCAAAAUCCUUAAAUGGUUCAAUUGAUUUGAAAGUUCCAGGUAUAAAUAAUCUGUUUGAUGAUAUCAGUUCUGAAAUUGAAGAUAUCGAUAUUGAAGAAGACAUAAAGGAUGAACUGUCAAGACAAGAUGUUACUACUAAAAGAAGAAGAAAGAAUCUUAUUGUCGAUAGUCAAUCUCAACCACUGAAUGCAGAUGAUGAUCAUGAAGUCAUUGGACCCUUAAGAAUCGAAGAACUGGAAGUAUUAACUGAACAAAAUAUAAAACAUAGGGAUUCCGUUUGGGCAUCAUUUAAUCUUAAAAUGUAUCCUGGUAAGUUGGUUGCACCCUGGAGUGAAGUUCUGCAAAUUCAAUUCGAUGAAGGUAUUUAUGAUAUUAAGAAUUAUGAUUUACAUUUAUUAGAUAUUAGAAUUGGUGAUCUUAUACGGACGAAGGCAAACAUAGCUACAGAUUAUAUCGUUACUGGUUUAAGUUAUGACCAAUCUGUUACCGGUAUAACAUGCAUAAGAGGAUAUAACGUCGUUCAUGCAAAAAAACUUAAAGGUAAAGCUAAAGCUAAAGAUAUUGAGCAUUCAUUUUUACUUUCUGAAUGUGUUAUGGAAGUUUCAGAUUGGAUACAUCAUCAACUGAAUUUUCAAUUAAUCUUUGAAGAUCAAGAUAUGUUAGAAGAUACAGAUGAAAAGAAAUCAAUCAUUAUGACUAAGACUUUUGAUGAUCAACCUAAAUCAAAGAUGUCAUCUCCUGUAACGUCCACUAGGACUUCUCCUCAUAAGAAUUCGAUCAUCAUUGAUGUCGAUAAAUUAUUCUCCCAUAUGGUUUUCAGUAUAACCAGUAUCGAAGGAGAGAGAAAAGAUAAACUCUUUGACUUGAUUGUAAAGAACGGAGGUAAAGUUGUUAAUGAUGGAUUUCACGAAUUAGUAAGUUAUGCUCCUAACUCAACCUCUUUGAUUUCAAAAGGUUUAUAUGAAUAUAAAUUUGCCGCCAUGAUAUCGAAUGGAUUUUGUCGAAGUGCAAAAUAUUUACAAGCUCUAGCCUUAGGGUGGCCCAUUGUUUCUGAUUCAUUUAUUACUGAUUGCAUACAUGACCCCCACAAAUUAACUCAAUGGCCAAUAUAUUUAUUACCAGCUGGAAAAUCAAGUUUUUUACAUGCUACUAAAAGUUUGGAUACUUAUAAUUUCCGACUUAAUUACGAUCAAGGUUUGCACUUGGAUAAACAAUUGGAAAAUAAUAAUAACUUAUUACAGGAUACCAGUAUUAUUUAUUUCAUUAAUAAUAAGAGCAAUGAAACUUUGGAUACAUCUAAAUUUGUGUUUUAUGCCUUUGGAGUCAAACAAAUCAUAUAUUGUAACAAGGCAGAUGAUGUCAUGCCAGAAGUACAAAAAUUAACCAAGGCAGAUGAAGGAAAGAUAAUGAUCUAUGAUGAUUCUAGAGCGAUCACUUCUAUCUUACAAAAGGUAUCACCCACAUCAUCGGCCACUCGCACCAAGAGUAAAGUUGGUCAAAAGUUACAGAAUACCCAAUUAGGUAAACCCACUGUUAAAGUAAUUAAUUGGGAGUGGGUAGUUCAAUGUGUUAUUAGUAGUUAUAUUUGGGAAGCACCUACAUUUGUCAUUAAUAUUUAA